AUGGAGGCGGCAGAAGCGGAGUAUCUAAAACGGACAGUUGGUUCUUGUCUGAGCGGCGGCCUUGCGGAAGUUGCCGCGAAGAGACCGUCUGAUCCUAUCGAAUACCUAGCGCUCUGGCUGCUGAAAUACAAGCAAAACACUCAGCGGCGAGCAGAAGACGGGGCCAUACCGGUGGUCCAGCUGAGCGAGGAGGAAGACGAAGGAAGUGCGCCGCCACCUACUGAAGAUGCUGCGGUAGAGCUGACCCCUACUGUAGACGUCUCAGGGGAUCAGGGAGGUGAAAACCCAGCGUCAAAAACGCCUACAGAGCCAAAAUCGCCAACUAUGCCGCGAAUAGAAGAGGAGGAAGAGAACGCAGGCUAACUGCUGCCUUAGCGCUAUCUGUAUGUACACUUUCUGUUGUUCGUUCCAUGAUCACGUUACACACACCUAAUUGAAAUCUCUUUCAGCAGUUAACCAAAAACACAGUGUGACAACAGUAGUGAGCUACAUACAAAUCUGGGUAUACACAUAGUGGUGUUGCAAAGUCAGCAAGGGAAGGACAAUAACUAGGGCAGGGAGGUCAGGAUGCCGCCCCAGUGCAGCGAGCACAGUGGAUCUCCAAGUCGGUCACUGUGGUAAAGUCGUUUCUACCGCACAGGGGGCACGCCACCU